AUGGCUCCAGUUGUACAUGAGAUCGAUCCAGACGCGGAUACAGUCAUAAUCUUACGAUCACCGGGUGAUGGUGAAUACUUCGCUUGGUGGGAUGAUUCACCGUUCGACAACCUUGACAUGCUUGAUCAACUCCCUUUCAGCAUGAAAGAAUGGGACACAAAGAUGUCGAUCUCGGACGAUAUCGAAAUUCACCAGUCGCCUGCGAGGGCGUUCAUCACAAAGGAGUCGGAUUGGGUAAUCCUUAAUGUUCCUGACGGAUCUGUCCUUUAUCUUGUCUCCUCACGCCAUCUCAAAUUGGCGUCACCGGUCUUCAAAGCAGCGCUCUCACCUGGCACCUGGAGUGAGGGAUGCAAGCAGGCCGACGGUCGCUACCACAUCACAGCAGACGAGUGGGAGGAGGAAGCAUUCCUCCUCUUCAUGAACAUGCUACACUUGCGCAGCCCUCAGAUCCCGAAGUCUGUGAGCCUCGAACUAAUGGCGAAGCUGGGAAUCCUCGUCGACUAUCACGACUGCGCUAGUGCGGUGGAAUUCUUCACUGAUGUCUGGAUGAACAAAAUCUAUGGUGAUAAAAUGGAGGGUGAAUACUGCCGCGAGUCGAUACUGCUGCUUUGGGUUUUCUAUCUCUUCGGGAGCAAAGAUUAUGAGAUCGAACAUCGGCGACACGAGCUUAUCAAGAAGAAGCUGUCAUAUCUGCAUUAUAAACUGACAAUGAACCCCAAGCCGAAUGAACACCUGCCAGAUAGAUUGCGAGAGACACUGAGACGAACUAUCGGUGGGCAAAGACGUUCAAUCGGAUAUCCUUACCUUGAGGUCACUGUGGAAGCACUCAAAAGGGUCCUUCUUGGCUACUCUGAGGAACAAGUGGAGGCUAUACUCGAACUCGAAGCCACUCGUAUCGAGUGGUUCCGCGCAAACGGCUUCGAGCUCUGCUGGAACAAUCACGAGCUGAGCUAUGAGUAA